UAUUUGGUGUUGUUUGCAAAGACUCUGCAACAGAAAGCAAAAAACAUUAAGCAUUCUCACUGUCUCCAGAUUUCAAAACAAUACUAUAAAUCAGUGUUUCCUAGCACUGAUCCUCAGGGCUCCUGCCCAGCACGUUUUGGAUGUUUCCCUGCUUCAGCACACCUGAUUUCAAUUGAUGGCUGAUGAACAGGUCUCAGCUGAAAACCAAUCAUCUGCAUUAAGUGUGUUAAAGAUAUUAUUUGAUUGGCUAUUAGAGUCCUGAUCCACACUCCAAUUGGUGGCUGUAAUGCACCAUUACGUUACUUAGCAACGGCCAAUAAAUACUACAAGAAGAACAAGAAGAAGAAAAAUAAGGCUCGUUAAAGCAGGGAAACGUGUAACACAGAGAGGGCAAUGUGCCUGGAGGAGCAGGGUUGGGAAACACUACUAUAAAUAAAAUGCUUUUCAAAGUUCAUAAAGGAAGGGUCCCCCAAAAUGUCGUCUUUGGCCAUGAUGGGCCAAGCAGGAGCCCAGAGACUUGCGACAGGAACCUGGAGAAGAUUCAUGAAGGACGGCAGAUGUUUCACUACCUCAGCUUCUCACCGGAACGCUUCAGCCUCACCUGCAGCCAAUCAGAAAACCCCAUCCUAUAGCUAUGUGGUCAUUGGGGCAGGGUCAGCAGGUUGCGUCCUUGCCAAUCGCCUGACAGAAGACGCCCAGGAGUCCGUGUGUCUGUUGGAGGCCGGACCCAAGGACAAGUGGCUGGGAAGCUCCCGACUCUCGUGGAAGAUCCACAUGCCAGCCGCGCUGACCUACAACCUCUGUGAUGACAAGUAUAACUGGUUCUACCACACGUUACCUCAGGCCCACAUGGACAACAGGGUGCUGUACUGGCCCAGGGGUCGAGUCUGGGGAGGAUCCUCCUCACUCAAUGCCAUGGUUUACAUCCGUGGGCAUGCAGAGGACUACAACCGCUGGCAGAGAGAGGGUGCAGAGGGAUGGGACUAUGAGCAUUGUCUGCCUUACUUCAGAAAAGCUCAGUGCCAUGAACUGGGAGAAAACAGGUACAGAGGUGGCAGCGGACCUCUUCACGUGUCCAGAGGAAAGACCAACCAUCCCCUGCACAAGGCUUUUAUCGAAGCAGGCCAGCAGGCAGGAUACCCCUUCACUGAUGACAUGAAUGGAUUUCAACAGGAAGGCGUUGGCUGGAUGGACAUGACCAUCUACAAAGGGAAGAGAUGGAGCACUGCCAGCGCCUACCUCAGACCUGCACUGGGUCGGCCCAAUCUGAAGACGGAAGUGCACUGCAUGACCACCAAGAUCUUGUUUGAUGGCAAGCGGGCUGUGGGGGUGGAGUACGUGCAGAACGGAGAGAAAAAGAGAGUGUUUGCAGAUAACGAAGUGAUCUUGAGCGGAGGAGCCAUCAAUUCCCCUCAGCUUCUCAUGCUGUCUGGUGUGGGAAAUGCAGAUGAACUGAAAGACCUAGGUAUUCCUGUCAUUCAGCACUUGCCAGGCGUUGGUAAUAAUCUGCAGGACCACCUGGAGCUGUACGUCCAGCAGCAGUGCACUCAGCCCAUCACCUUGUACAAGGCGCAGAAACCUUUCCACAUGAUCAAGAUUGGCCUCGAGUGGCUCACUCUUUUUACCGGGUACGGAGCUACAGCCCACUUGGAGAGUGGAGGCUUUAUCCGCAGUCGACCUCACGUCCCACACCCUGACAUUCAGUUUCAUUUUCUGCCUUCGCAAGUUAUUGACCACGGCCGGGUUCCUUCAAAGAUAGAAGCGUAUCAGGUUCAUGUUGGACCAAUGAGAAGCACUAGCAUUGGCUGGAUGAAGCUGAAAAGUCCCAAUCCCACGGAUCACCCAAUUCUCCAGCCAAACUAUCUCUCCACUGAUAUUGAUGUGUGGGAAUUCAGGGAGUGCGUCAAACUGUCCAGAGAAGUUUUCGCACAGAGUGCCUUCGACCAGUUCCGCGGUCCCGAGGUCCAGCCCGGUCUCCAGGUGCAAUCGGACGCCGACAUCGACGCUUUCGUCCGCCAGAAGGCCGACAGCGCCUACCAUCCCUCCUGCACCUGCAAAAUGGGGUCCGCCUCCGAUCCGAUGGCGGUGGUGGACUCGAGCGCACGCGUCCUGGGUCUGGAGCGACUGCGGGUUGUCGACGCUUCCAUCAUGCCCAGCAUUGUGAGCGGGAACCUGAACGCCCCUACGAUCAUGAUGGCAGAGAAAGCAGCCGACAUGAUCAGAGGUCGGCCUCCUCUGGUGGACCCCGGGGUUCCCGUGUACCGGCCCCCGACGCUCGAAACGCAGAGAUGAUCGGCCGAUUCGGUGAUUUAACUAUAAGGAUCUCUGAGGUGGGAGCAGCAGGGAAUUUAAUCAACAAAAAUCAAAAAAUGUGACUUAGUUUUGUUUAAGCUUUGCGUUGAAGUGAAGGAUUUAGCAUGAAGUUUGAUAUGCAGGCAGCCUGUUGGUUGGGACCAACACACUAAGACAUCAUCCAUCAUUCUAAAAGUAGACAUUAUUACAGCCUGCCACGUAGCAGCUGUGCAGUAAAUGCAAAUUGCUUUUUGCAGAAUCUCAACAGUACCUGGAAGAGCCUUAUCAACUGAACACUCAGUGUUUUUGUUUAAAUCUACUAAUACAUGAGGACGUAAGGGGAAUGCUGUUUGCACCAACAACAUGGUUCAUCUCAAUUCGCUGUAUCCACAGCUGGAAUUGUUUUAAGUUUAAGUAUUAUGGAGCAACAUGGGAAACACCAACAAAGCAAAGAUCAGACUCUAUGGCAUUUGGUUCUGCUUGAAGUAUUAUUGUCACGUUAAUUAUGAUUUAUGCCUUUCUGAUAUGAAGGUUUAACUAAAGUGCAAGGUUCUGUUUUCCCUCUUGUCUACCGAUCAGCUUAUUUCCUGCAGACCUGCAGCCGUUCAGUUCAGCUCUUUUUCAUAGGUCUGUUUGCACACUGUUCAAGAUAACAGGAAGGCAAUCGCUGCUUAGUUUCUGUUCCAGUUAGCCUUAUCUCAAAAAAGGGACGUUUUUAGUGCAAGACAUUCGCCAGUUUGCUCGCACGGUUGCUUUUGUGUUAGAAAAAGAUUGGUGCUGAUUAGAUUGGCCUGCAUAGCCGCCCACAUCAGCAUUUUUUAUUUGAGAAAAGCUGGAACGACACUUGUUUUCUGGCAUAUGUCUUAAAGACGUUAUCUUUUUUUUUAACCAAAAAAAAGCAAAAGCUUUAAAACAUAUAUAAAUGUGAAAAAGGAAGCAACUUAAGAUUUUGUGAGCAAAAAAUAACUGCCCUUUUCAGUCUCUAACACUAGCAGAUCUGUUUACACUAACGUACAAGAGUUGGUUUUUUUUGUUUUGGGGGUGGGGGUUGUUUCCUAGAUUGCAGCUGUUGCAUUUUAGGGCAAAGAAGCAGUUAAAGGGCAAAUACUAUUUUUACAUAUUUUCCUUCUCAAUUGUGUUCAGUUAGUUUCAAUGCAUUUUUAUACUGCUUGGUCUCAAGGCUCUGUUCUUCUUUUUGCUUGUAAUAGUUCAUUUCAUAA